GUGAAAACUAAAACAAAUUUUAGAAUAAAAAUAAAUUUAGAUUUUUUUAUAAUUUUAAAAAAUAAAAUAUUUGAUAGAAAAUUAAUAAAAAAAUAAAUAAAUAAAAAAUUUCCCCCAUAAAAUACACAAACCCAUAUUCACACCCCUCUCGCACCAAUAAAUAAAAUAUAUUGUUUUUUUUUUUUUUUUGGGAAUGUUAUCAAAUAAAAUAAUAUAUAAUAGUAAAAUAAAUAAUGAAUUAAAAAAUUGUUAUUUACAAUUAAUAAAAAGAUAUUAUACAUCAAAUAAUAAUAAUAAUAAUAAUAAAAAGAUUAAAACUGGCAUUUUAAUGUUAAAUUUAGGUGGUCCAUCAAAUUUAAAUGAAGUAGAACCAUUUUUAACAAGAUUAUUCACAGAUAAAGAAAUUUUUAAAUUACCAUUUCAACAAUAUACAGGUACAUUAAUCGCAAAAAGAAGAGCACCAACAGUUAGAAAAUUAUAUGCAUCGAUAGGUGGAGGAAGUCCAAUCCGUAAAUGGACAGAUUUACAAGGUGAAAAACUAUCGAAAUUAUUAGAUGAAAUAUCGCCAGAGACAGCACCACACAAGCACUAUAUUGGGUUCCGUUACUCUGACCCAUUAAUUGCAGACACAUUAGAUGAAAUGAAAAAUGACGACGUAGAGCGUGUUAUCGCAUUCUCACAAUACCCACAAUUUUCAUGCACAACCACCGGUUCAAGUUUAAACAAUCUUUGGAAAACUCUCGAAGAGAAAGAUAUGAAAGGUCAUUUUAAAUGGUCUAUUAUCGAUAGAUGGCAAAAUCAUGAAGGUUUCAUUAAAGCAACUACACACAAAGUAGAAAAAGCCAUCAAACAAUAUUAUAAUAAAUUAAAUGAACAAAAUAGCGGUAAUAGUAGCAGCGGCAGCAACAAUAACGAUAAACCAGUAUUAGUUUUUUCAGCUCACUCAUUACCAAUGUCAACAGUCGAAAAAGGCGACCCAUAUCCACAAGAGGUUUCAGAAACCGUUUGUAAAGUUAUGGAAAGUUUAGGUAAAGAUAAAUAUGAAUAUAUGUUAGCAUGGCAAAGUAAAGUCGGGCCAUUACCUUGGUUAUCACCAAAAACUAGUUUUGUUAUCGAUCAAUUGGCCAAAAAUAAACGUAAUGCAAUUGUAAUUCCAAUUGCUUUCACCUCUGACCAUAUUGAAACUCUCUCAGAAAUUGAUAUCGAGUUACAAGAACAUGCUAAAAAAGCUGGUAUGAAAUUAUUAGUACGUUCUGAAGCUCUUAAUGACGAUCCAUUAAUCAUCUCUGCUAUGGCCGAUUUAGUAAAGUCUCAUUUAUCCUCAAAUAACUCUAUUCAUUCAAAACAAUACCACUUAAAAUGUCCAGGUUGUAAACAAGAUUCAAUUUAUUGUAGACAAAUUUUGAACCCAAUCGAACAACUUUAACAAAUGUUUCAAUUAUUUUAAAAAAACCAAUCAAUUAUAUAAUAAACAAAAAAAAAAAAAACUAUUUAUCAC